AUGACAUUCUCCCCAGCUGACGACAUCCCGGACUUGACUGGAAAGGUCAUCAUCGUGACCGGUGGUAGCAGCGGUCUGGGCAAAGAAAGCGUGCUGCAACUUGCAAAGCACAACCCUCAGGCUAUUUAUCUUACGGCCAGAACAGAAGCUCGAGGGAAUGCCGCAAUCAAGGAAAUUCAGGAAGCUGUUCCAGCAGCGAAGAAUAAGAUCAAGUUUCUCGAGCUAGAUCUCGCCUCUUUUGCAUCAAUAAAGAAGGCCGCCAACACUUUCUUGGGGUUGUCAGAUCGUCUCGACGUCCUGAUGAACAAUGCAGGACUGAUGGCGUCUCCCCCAGAUGUUACAACCGAUGGCUAUGAAGUACAAUUUGGCUCAAACUACAUGGGACCUGCUCUCUUCACCAAGCUGCUGCUCCCGAUUCUCCUCAAAACAGCCGAGCAGCCUGGGGCUGAUGUUCGCGUGGUCAACUUGAGCUCAGAGCUGUUCAAGACUGCCCCUAAGGAAGGAAUCAUACUUUCCCGUUGCAAGACGCCUCUCAACGAUGUUUCCAGUUUGGCUCGCUAUGGCCAAUCGAAGCUCGCGGAUUACUACCACACCCGCACUUUGAGCGAACUGUAUCCUACCAUCAAGUUCGUUGCAGUACACCCCGGCGUGGUGAAUACCGGUCUGUUGGAUGAGUUCAAACAAAGACACCCUUGGCUGGGGGGAUUCGUUAAUGUGGUUGGGUCAGUCUUUCUGACGGAUGUCCACGCGGGGGCUCGAGCGCAACUCUGGGCUAGCACAGCCGACAGAAAGGGUAUUAGGAGCGGUGGGUUCUAUAAUCCCAAAUUGAGAGAGUAUAAGGAAGCUAUUUUGUCUAACGAUAAGGCGGCCAAGGAAUUGUGGGAUUGGACUGAAAAGGAGUACCAGGAUAAGGGAGUUUGA